GCAGCAGAGUCACACGCCUGCAUGCCUUCCACAAGCAGACAUCCUUUUGGGAGGUUGACUUACGCUGGACAGCCUCCCGUUGCCUAAAGGUUUGCUUUGAUGGGAAAGGACACGCGGAGCAUUAUUCUAGCGAGCAGGCUGGAGGGAGGUGGGAAGAAAUCCCCUGCAAGCCUCCCGUUACCCAAAUGUUUGCUUUGAUGUGAAAGGACACGCGGAGCAAGAUUCUAGCGAGCGAGAGAUGGCAAGAAGAAUUCCUUGGUGGAACUUGUUGGGAGGUGCGACUGCCAGCGGAGAUUGCAGUCGGCUUCUGUUUCACCACACCUUGUUGUUCCACACGACAGAGUAGUAGUGAUGAAGCGUAGCUCUCUGAUUGAGAUCACGCCCCGUGCUCGCGCCACGAGGAGGAGGAUGGCGUGCUGUCUCAGGCCGGCUUUGCUCUCUCUCGUCGGGCUGGCAUCGGCAGCAGCCCUUGUGGCAAUCCUGCAUGGUGGCAGCAGCCUUGUGCCAACAACAACCGGGGCCGCUGCCGCUGCUGCUGCCCACCUUCUUGGCGGGAAAAGGAGCAGCAGAGGGGAAGGAGGAGGAGGAGGCGGGGGAGGAGACCGGGGCAGAAUAGCACACGGGGGGCAACUGGGCAACACGGACGGCGGCGGCGCUGCGGCAAGGGAAGGGAAAGGUCGACAACACCCGGACGGCACCGGCAGCAGCAGCAGCAGAAAGCUGGACGUGACAAUUGGUUUCAGCGAAGAGACAAGUCGCCCGCUCGUGGAAGGAGACGACGGGGUGCUGUUCGACGAGCCGCCGGUGCUCAGGCACCCCAUCAAGGACGAGUGGGUGCAGCGCUGCUCCAAUUUGGAAAACGCGACCGCCGCCUUCGCCCAAGGCUCGGUGUGCGGGCCACCACUCACGAAGCCGUGCUUCGAUCACAGCCGGUGCGGCUCCGUUUCUUCUAGGCCCAUGAUUUACGUGUACGACCAGGAGUGUUCUCUCGCCGAUAGCAACAAGUUGCGCAUCAAUGACCACACCAACCUGGACAAGCAGCACCAGGGCUCCUACUGGAGGGAGGCGGUGUGGAGGGCGGGGCUGCUGGCCAACACCUAUGAGGAGGCCUGCCUUUUCAUCCACGUCAACACCCACAACCACGACGAGCCGUGCGCCACGAGAGCACCACUCUGGAACGGGGGCGUCAACCACAUCAUGAUGGAGUUCACGCCGUGGUGGAUCAAGGGACAACGCGCUCGCCCGCACAUCAGCAACACCUACGCCAUGGACUGGUCGUUCGACGCCCUGAGCUGCUACUACCGCAGCGGCUAUGACCUGUCGCUCCCGCUGGUGCCCGGAAAGGUGUUCCCGGACACGGCCCCAUCCCCUGCCCCCGAUCGAGACUACUUCCUUACUUUCAAGGGGACGCUGUACCUCCGCGGUUACGGCUUGGAGGAAAGGUCCGCCGUGUCCCGCGUCCACGACCCGGCCAACGGGGUGGUGUCGGUGAUCAAGUGCUCGAACAUGCAUGGCGACGAAUCCCUCCCGGAGAACCAGGACUACUGCCAGCGAUCGAGGAAGCGGUACGAUCUGUACGACUACGAGAAGCUCAUGAACACGACCUUCGCGCUCGUGCCGGCGGGUAGGUCGCCGGGGAGCUUCCGACUUGGAGAGGUUAUGAGCGCCGGCGCGAUUCCGGUGUUCGUCGUGAGGGAUUGGAUCAAGCCGUUCCAGGAGCAGAUCGACUGGCCGUCCUUCUCGUUUGUGUUCAGCCCCGACGACGUGGGGCCCAUCAUGAUGGAAACCUUGCGAGCUGUCCAGCCGGCCCAGCUGUUGGAAAUGCAGCGCAAAUCCCUGAGGGCCUACUGGAAGAUUUUCGGCGGGGUGACCAACUACUCGGUGAUCGCGAGUAACGCCAUCGACAUGCUAGUCCAAAGGAUAGGGUACCACUAAGGGGAGGGGAGAGCUGGGUUGGCGGCAAGGCUUCGUCGAUUUGUGGCCUCCUUGACCUGAAAGGGCUGGCAAGCAAUACCUCGGGGCAGUGGCCGAAGCCGGUGUUCAUGCGACAAGUGUGCUGCGAGUUGAGCUCUCUCUCUCUCUCUCUUUCUAUCUCCGCCGAUAGUUGCUGGAAAGCCCGAAAGGCCUAAAGACUCCUCAAGGUUGAAGAGGCUGGUUGGCGCUAGUGACGGACUUCUGCACCAUACCGCCGGUGACCGGUGGCCGUGGAGUGGAGAGGAGUGCCCUUUGCGGUCGCUGCUUUUUCCCGGGAGGACGUAGCUCCCCGUGCAUCUGUUACGCUCCGCGGUAGAACGCCAGGANAUUGAUCGGGUUGGUUUUUUGUGUUGGCGACGCUACCUUUUGUUCGUUCGCCCGCGACUGUAUCAUUCAUGUCCGUUGUUUCUUACGAGCAAAUACGUAUGCAAUAUAUAUAUAUAUAUUUUUUUUUCUCCCAUCAUUGGGCUCUGUGGUCUGCUCCUCUGGCCCCUAUCCUCCACUUCUACCAGCUAGAUGACCCAACCGGGGUCAAAUAGGAGAGGGGGGUUGGACCCCCUCUUGCGGUUCCUGUCUGAGAUAUAUUUNCUGUGUGUGUAUGUGUGUUUUUUUUUAAUAAUCUGGGAUUCCGUGCUGCAGCAGAUACAACAGAACGUUCUCCAGGACACUCGGGACGGGUACCCCCCCGCCCGCCCCGGGUCGAUAUUGAUCGGGUUGGUUUUUUGUGUUGGCGACGCUACCUUUUGUUCGUUCGCCCGCGACUGUAUCAUUCAUGUCCGUUGUUUCUUACGAGCAAAUACGUAUGCAAUAUAUAUAUAUAUAUUUUUUUUUCUCCCAUCAUUGGGCUCUGUGGUCUGCUCCUCUGGCCCCUAUCCUCCACUUCUACCAGCUAGAUGACCCAACCGGGGUCAAAUAGGAGAGGGGGGUUGGACCCCCUCUUGCGGUUCCUGUCUGAGAUAUAUUUAUCGCGAAAAGGGUACAGCAAUCCCUUCCCUCGCGACGUAUGAAGUCGAUCGAGUUUACUAACAACGAGCUUCGCAGCGCGUCGCUUGCAACGGAGACCAGGAUUUAAUUAGCGAGAACAAACUCUUUCUGUCGGGACUCGAACCCAUGACCUGGCCCUUAGCAGGCUGCGAGGCUACCCAAACAUGAUACGAUGGGUUUCGUUUUUUCUGGAAGCGCGGGUUGUCGUGUUGCCGGUCGGGCAGGGCGGGGGCCAAUAAAAAGGCGAUUUGUUCAAAACGCGAUGGGCAUUUUGUUUUGUUUUUCGGUGUGUUUGCCAUGCCGAGGGAAGGAAGAGAGAUGCCGCAUUCGUUUGCUUCUUUUUCGUGAAACGAAGCGGCUCUAGCCACGCGAAUACCGAACGAAGAACGCCGUAGCGGGGAUUUGUAUUGUUGUUGCGGCCGACACCUGUGGAAAAACGGUGGUCAUAGACAUGUGUUGGUUCCGGGGCAUGCUUGGUCUUGUGAGAUGACUGCCGGGUCCUGCGCUGCCCAAGCAGGAAAAGUGCAAUGUGUGCGAGGUGGCCGGCAGCAGCAGCAGGAGCCGCAGCAGCAGCAGUGCGUGAAGCGAAGCACUUGCAAGAGGUCCGUGCUUUCUGCAGAAAGGAGACGCAUUGUGCAUGUAUUCGCGCCGGUGGUGGGGUCUGUGUGGCGGAGGGGGGCUCGGCCCAAGGAUUCUGUGCUCUACUAGUUGGGUCUUUUUCGAAUGUCGUUGUCUGGAUGAAGAGGGUGUGUUGGGGUGUUUGGCUUCGCUGGGGAGCGAGGUGGUGUACAGUACGAGAGUGGGAAAAUGCAAGAUGACGAAGUAGAGACGCCCGUGACCGUUCGGUGUCGCGUUGUCAUUUGUGAGAGGGAGAAAUACCUGUGUGUGGUCGUGUCACCCUGUGGUAUGCGUAGGCCCGGACGCAGUGCAAGCGGGUUAGGGUGCGUGCCACUUACGUACAGUCCAAUCGGAGGAGAAACACGCUUUUGCCUAAUUUUAGUUCUUCCGUUGCUUUACUUUUCCAUGGACAUGAAGAAAUGAUCGUUUUCCGGAUUUGUGGGGAUGGUUGCAACGUGCUUCGGGUCCGGAUCGUUGCUGCUGCUCUACUUGUUCCCGUCGUUCCCCUUGUUCAGAUUGAUGUCGUCUUCAAGGUAUUUGUUUCCCGAAGCGGAUGUUGAUUCUCUGUGUGAAGAGGGAGGUGUUUAUGGCUUUUGUCCUGUUGGGUCCGUGCUGUUGCCGCGAAGGUAAGAUGUUUCGAUUGUUCGUUAUUCAUUCCGUACCAUGUGUAGCCCUUGUGGUAGCGCAUUGAAAAGUUAUCCAUGUUUCCGUUCAUUUUGCCCGCUGUCAGAGACAAACGAUGUACUCCUAGGACGGGCACCGUGUUCCCUAGCUGUUGCGUACAAAGUGAAAUCAUGAUGCAGCUGCCUGUUGGCUGCAGCAGGUGUCGCUUUCUUCGUGUUGUGCACCCGUUCGACAAAACUAUAGGGGCAUGGAUGGGAAGGUUUGAGGUCUUGCGGUCAUCUAACAUUUGAGGUUUUACGGUACACUUGGUUGUAGAAUGGAAACCCUGUCCUGCGUGUCGCUAAAACAAGAAAACGCGAUUGGGGAAUGGGCAGGGAUUUCACAGGUGGAGUUUCGUUGGGUAGGAGAA